AACCGAUGGCUGUAAUUUAGACCAAUAAGCACCAUUGAAUCACAGUGUCAUCUUUAUGGCGCACUUAUGCUACCCGUUUAGUUAAAAAUGGUUUUAUUAUUGUUUCAUAAUGUAAAUAGUUGAAAAAUAAGUAUCGUAGUCGUUUAAACCAGUCAUUGGUAACCAAGUUAGCUAGCUUUCCCCUAACAUUUCUAAACCGCAGUCCUCAGUUGUUAAUCAAAACAAUGACUUCAGCCUCUACCAAGGUUGGUGAGAUCUUUUCUGCAGCUGGAGCUGCUUUCACAAAACUGGGAGAGCUGACCAUGCAGCUGCAUCCAGUGGCCGAUAUUAGUCCAGCAGGGGCACAAAUGAAAACAACCGUCAAGAGGAAGCUUUAUGAAGAUGGUGGAGUUCCUUUAUCCACCGAUUCACCAAAGAAGAGUACCAAAAAGGUGCCAGUUUCUAUGGCUCCCCCAGCCCCACCUAAAGUCAUCGCUGUGCCAACAUCUCAGGUUGUGGUGACUACAGGUUUACAGCGCCCAACCACAGGUGCAUCUAGCAUUAAGUCAUCAAAAACGGCAGAUGUCACACUGAGUGCACUGAAUGACUCUGAUGCCAACAGCGAUCUGGUAGAUAUCGAGGGGCUGGGUGAUAGUUCCACAUCUAAAAAGCUCAAUUUUGAUCAAGAAAGUCUAAAUCUCGACUCCAGUCUCAUCAUGAAUUCCAGUGACUUGCCAUUGUUAUCCCGUUGAAAUCUUCUGCAACAUGCUAUCAGGAAAAGGAACUAAUCAUUUCACUUCAUUGAGGCAUCAAGAAACUUGCUUCUUUUUUUCUUUUUUUUAAUCUGGUGAAAGUUUUCUCUUUUUUUUUUUUUUUCAGUAAAAGACUCAUUUCUAAGUUAAUAGUAAAGGUAGACAUAUUUUAUCAAUGUACAACACAGUUUUGAAAGAUGCUAGUAAAUAUUGCUUGAUACAUAUUACUGUUCUGGGUCCAAAAUGCCUAAUUUUAAAAUAAGUUACUGUAAAGGCAUUAUUGUGUAUAUAUUUUUUAACCAUUUUCAAUAAAGCAUUAUGACCAGUA